UCCAAUCUCUGAGAAGCAGCUUCAAAAAAACCAUAAACUAGACAAAACUGCUCUGAAAACCAUUAGGGGCCAAUCACGUACGAUGGAGGAAACCGAGUGUCCUUCAUCUCUCUCUGUUAUCAAAGAGAGGACAGCAGGUGAAACUCUAGAGGAUGAUUUCUUCGCACCUGACGAUCUGUCUUCUGAUGAAGAAUAUUAUAUCGAAGAAAGCAAAGCAGCCCAGUUCAAGAAAUCAGGCAUGAGGCGCAUAGAUGGUAUCAAAAAGGCAUUUUCAAGGGAAAAUAUCCAAAAGACGAGACAAAAUUUUGGCAAGAAGGUAAACAGGCUUCGAACUAGAAUAGUGACCCCUGAGAGGAGAGAGAGGAUCAGGCAGUCAGGAGAGAGACUGAAACAAUCUGGGAUAAGGAUCAAGAAAACCAUUUCACAAGCUGCCCCAAUGAAGGAGACGUUCAAGAUCCAUAAAAAAAAUAAAGAACGAACAGGAGCCGAAGGUCAGGAGGGGAUCCAGGAAGCCCGUGUGCACAUCGCCUCUGAGCUCGCAGCAGCAGAGCCCUUCACCGAAGAAAUCUCUUACACAGAAGUGAUCACUAAGGUAAAAAAAGACAAGAAUGGUGCAACAAAAGGUGCUUCCCAGUCAACUGAAAAAGGAGUGACAAUCCCAGAAGUCGUUCUUAAGCAGGAAGGAAAAGAAGGAGGAGGAGGUGACGAUGUCCCUUUGCUAGACUUAAAGCAAUCGGCAUAA